AUGGCCGCACCUGUCCGACGAAGGCGCAACCGCUCUCUGGGCCAGAUCCCGCUGAGCUCGGGUGAGAUUGAGCUGUACUCACGUCAGGAUGAGGCGGCACGUCGACGUCGCCGUCUUCUGGCUGUACGCGAGCAGGAACGGCGUCUUGCGCAGCAAGUGACGCAACGGUACCGGGACAAUUUACAGAAAAUGCAACGCGGCAAGAGCAAAAGGGCCCACAAUCAAUUGAACAUGGAGCAGCAGAAGCUGCUAACGGAGCUUCAUGUGCGGUAUCAAUACUCGCUGCAGAACAUGGGUACAGCACAGCGGAACGCGCGCCUGAAGAUGCUCGAGCUAAUGGAACAGGCCCACGAAGAGAAAGACAAGUGGAAAUACAACCGCCAGGUUACCGGUAAACAACGAACUAUGGAGGCCGAAGAUGCUCGUGAGCAGGAGGAACAAGUGCGGACGGCCAGACAAAGACAGGUGCAGCAAAAUAUGGAGAGAUUGAGGCUCUUGAGUGGUCAACAGAGACAACAAGCCAGUGCUCGGGCCAGGCGGGAGCAGGAGGUGGCCAUACAACGAGCGAAAGACAGAGAGGAAAUAGAGCGGCUGCGAAGGGUGCAGAGUCCUGAAGAGGUGAUUAAAACUCCAAGGCCACAUGAGAAGGACAUAAUGUCGUACCAGCAUACGAGGACACAUUGCCACGCAACGACACCGACAAAGGAGCGGCCAGUGGUGACGGUGAUUCGACAUAAUCGGAAACACCCAACGGCGAUGAGAGGAGAGGAAGAGGCGAAGAAAUACAGCGAGGAGCUGGAUCUGAAGAGAGAACACGAUAGAUCAAUUGCGGAGGGACAGAAGCAGACGGCAGUUGACAGAGGGAGAAAUGCCCAAGAGAAUGUCGCAUCGAAGCAACAAGGGCGACAAGCGAUGGAGUGGCUGGCGUUGGUGGAUAAAAUGGAGCGGCGUACACGUGGACAGGAACUAAGAGGAGGUCAGGACUAUUCUUUGGAUGCAGGAGAAGGGGAUGCAGAAAUGCACGACCCCGAUCUAACGGCGGAGCGAGCGUUUGCGCAAAUGCUUGAGCUUGACGAAAAGUCGGUCGAGCUGUCGGUCUUUUCUAUCGAGACGGACGAUGACUUGGCUGAUACCAGGCUCGUUUGA